AUGGCUUCCCGGAAUCCGCCGCCGCGUAAUGAUGGUGUGACACCCACACACGCUGUGGCCGUCAUGGUUGGGAAUGCAGCCAACAUAGUCUGGAUCAACCGCGAUCGGUAUAUCUGUGUCUAUACUGCGCCGGCUGGGACGGAGAAGGAUCGCGCCGAGAGCAACGAGAAGUACAUCCUCACUGCGCCCAGAAUCGACAACAGACCUGUUCUGGUCAGAGCGCGUGAUCCACGACUCGCCACCAUUGACUAUACCGACGAGAAUGAUGGGGCCGAGAUGUGGCGAAUCUACUACUUUAACGAGCAUUCAUACCUGUGCGAGAUCAAAUCCGACGGCGAGGGCGGCUGGGAAAGAGGGAGCCUGGAUGAUCAGCAUCUUCAGGUCGCAGAAAAGUCACCAUUGGCAGCCGUGGUCGAUGGAAGUGAUGUCAAAGUGUACUACCAACCCCCUAAUAAGAGCAGUCUUUACGUGACAUGGUCGCCGAAAGGACGGCAGGGGCAAUGGUCGACACCUUCUUGCAUGACCGAUUCACUGUAGAAGGGGAAAUCGCAGAUGCUGUGGCCGCCGCCUGACACCGUUGGUCCGCCAGGCAGACCAUUACGGAUCCCGGACUUCCCGCCGCUGACUCGCCGACAUCCAACAUCUCACAAGCAAUCUCUGAAGUCUCUGCCGGCUCAGGGUACAAAUGAAAGACCUCUCCACGACCAUAUGACCUCUGCACAGUAUUGGAACUUUCCCGUCGGCCAAGCUCCUCCUUGGAGCAACCCCAGCUUGGACCCUUCCGACAGUAUCUUCCCAAAUUACACUGCCGGCACAUCAGAGAGCCAGUAUGGUCAUGAGAUAUCAGACGCACGAAAAAUCUCGGAUGUGGCUCCGAAUCUGUUUGGACAAGCGCAGAAGGGAGUUUCCGUUGCAGAUUCGUCCCUGCGUUUCCACACAGGCAUAGACGAACAACGAAGAGAGGCAAGCAAUCAGCAGGCUCGGAACACCUCAGACGAGCAGCAAGUUCCAGAGGAGGACUCGAAUUUGUUUGGACUAGCGUAGGACGGAAGUUCAGGCCUCGAUUUGGUUAUGGGUUUCGACUCAGGCGCUGAGGAACAUCAGGGCGAAGCGAGCAACCGACAGAUUCCAGCUGCACCAUUCACGGACCCGGAAUGGGAGGAAUUCAUGAACACAGAUUUUGGUCUAGCAGGGCAAGAUGGGUCUUUGAAGGCAGAUU